UCGUGCAUAAUUUUCAUUCCAUCUCUAAGAAAGUAUAAUGAUAAUAACAAAUUCUUUGAAAAAGAAAACAUCAGCGCGUACCAAACACUAAUUGACUUCUUCGACGAAAUUGAUGUAAAACUAUAAACAGUACUCGAACAUUUUCUAUUCUUUGACUUGGCAAUUUCCACCUUUAAAGGGACGGGCAAUUAAUCCCACGCUACUCACGGAUAGCAUGAUAUUGAUUAAAGUAAACAAUUAAUUAAUUACGCUGUCACACGGUAAAUUAACAUGGGUAAAACAUCAAAAGAUAAACGGGAUAUUUAUUACCGUCAAGCAAAGGAAGAGGGCUGGCGUGCACGAAGUGCUUUUAAACUGUUGCACAUUCAUGACGCCUAUGGAAUACUAAAUGGUGUGCGUCGCGCUGUCGAUUUGUGUGCAGCUCCUGGAAGCUGGUCGCAGGUACUAUCUCGCAAGCUGUACGAUACGUGCCAAAACGAUGCAGAAAAGUCGGCAACCAAAAUCAUUGCAGUGGAUUUACAGGCCAUGGCACCUAUACGAGGAGUUCUCCAAUUGCAAGGGGACAUUACAAAAGAGAGCACAGCCGAAGCUAUAAUAAGUCAUUUUAGUGCUGAUGGCCAAGAAAAGGCGCAGCUCGUCGUUUGUGACGGCGCUCCGGACGUAACAGGUGUGCAUGAAAUGGACGAGUACAUGCAACACCAACUUCUGGUAUCUGCACUAAGUAUCGCCACUGUGGUACUUGAAACCGGGGGGUCAUUCGUGGCUAAAAUAUUUCAAGGAAAUGCCACCGGUCUUCUUAGCACACAGAUGAAAAUAUUUUUUAAUAAGUUUGAUAUCUACAAGCCUCCAAGUUCGCGUUCAUCGAGCAUUGAAUCGUUUGUGGUUUGUUCUGAUUUCUGUUUGCCUCCUGGCUAUAUUCCACAAGUCAUUAACACGGCACGAGAUGAUAUACGCGUGCUUGCACAAAAAACAGGGUCCGAUGUGAACCGGCACCUUGUGCCAUUUAUCGCUUGUGGUGACUUAGAUGGUCAUAAUAACCACUCUGAGGACGAGUCGGAUGCUUCGGGCGAACUUCAGGACGAUAUUAAAUAUGACUAUGACGGUAUAAUGAGCGACGAAAUUUACCCACAGGAAUUUAAGGGAUCAUAUGAAGAACUGAAAAUCAAUCAUACGUCUUGUCAAUAAAUAUAAGGUCUCGGAAUUGAUCUUGUUACUUCAAGUCUCAAAAUUAUAUAUGUUGUAUGUAUUGGGUGUCAUUAUAUCAUCCAUUAAUUGUAUUGACCAACUAUGAUAAGCUCAGCUUCUAAUAAGUGCUUCAGACACCAGUUGUGAUCUCUUAAAAAAAUGUUCUGCUAUACGCUAUGAGAAUCAA